AGCCCACGAUCGUGGCUGCCGCGCCCAGCCUGGCUCCAUUUCUUCUCGACCUGAUCCGCGCUGCGAUCCGCUCUGCGAUCCGCCUGCCCAGCCCGCCAUCAAAACACCGUCGCCAUGGCUCUGUCGUCGUCCUCAUCGUCCUCGUAUCUGCCCGACCGGCCUCCUCCUCUCACCGAGACACAGCUGCAGGAGCUACGUGACCACGCCGUCGACUGGUCGCUGGUCAACGGCCUGGUGCUGCGUCCUGCCUUGGCUUCGGUCAAUGUGACGCAUGCUCCAUUUGCUCUGUUUCCGUCGCCCUUUCCCAGGGCUGCCUACGAGCAAGUCGUGAAGCUGCAGCCGCUCUUCAAUUCCCUUGUGCAUGCCAUCGCCCAGGACGACAAGUUCAUCCGCGAGAUCAUGGAGGAUCUCUCCAAGGUCGAUGAUUUCGUUGAGCAGGUCUAUGAAAUCUACAAGGCUGUCUCGGCCGAAGGCUCCACCCAGCCCGUCACUCUGGGAUUGCAUCGGUCCGACUAUUUGCUCCAUGUCCCGAGCGGUGCCCCCAGCGACUUUGUUCCUGUCCCACAGCAAGUCGAGCUCAACACCAUCGCGUCGUCGUUUUCGUCGCUGUCGAGCGUUGUCUCGGAGCUUCACAGAUUCCUGGCCGAGAGAACCAACUACUUCAACAGCCCCAGCCUUCCCACUCCCGAUAUUACCGUCGCCGGAAUGCCCGAGAAUGCGUCGAGACUGGGCCUUCCGAAGGCGUUGGCCAAGGCCUGGCAGCUCUACGACAACAAAGAUGCGGUCGUAGUCAUGGUCGUCCAGCCAGGCGAAAGAAACGCGUUCGAUCAACGAUGGAUCGAAUACACCUUGUUCAAAGUCCACCAUAUCAAGCUUGUCCGCAAGACCCUGGCCGAGAUCGAUAGCGAGGGUACCCUGGUCGGCGACGAGCGAACGCUCGUGAUCGGAAAGCAUGAGGUCGCCGUCACGUACUUCCGAUCUGGUUAUGCCCCUACUGACUAUCCUUCCGGAAAGGGCGGAGCGGAGUGGAGAGCACGCCUCUUGAUUGAGCGUUCCAAGACAAUCAAGUGCCCCAACGCAGCGUACCAUCUUGUUGGCACAAAGAAAGUUCAGCAAAUCCUCGCCCGCCCUGGCGUAGUCGAACGGUUUCUCAAGAACCCUGUCGAGGCAGCUCAGAUUCGCGCUAGCUUCACCGGACUCUACCCGCUCGACAGCUCGGCCGAAGGUUUGGAGGCAGUUAAGCUGGCUCUCUCGGAUCCCGGUCGGUUCGUGAUGAAGCCUCAGCGAGAAGGCGGCGGCAACAACAUUUACGGUCAAGAUAUCGCCGUGGCCCUGAACAAGCUGACGCCUAAAGAGCGUGAGGCUUUCAUUUUGAUGGAUCUCAUCCAACCACCUCGCAUGCAAAAUGUGAUGGUCCGCAAUGCCGAGAUUAUUCCGUCCGAAGUCAUUAGCGAAUUGGGCAUCUAUGGCAUCUGGGUUAGCGAAGGCAGCGUUUGCCAUCUCAACGAAGCCGCUGGACAUCUCUUGCGAACGAAGAAAUCGGACUCCAACGAGGGUGGCGUGGCUGCUGGAUUCGCUGUCAUUGAUAGUCCUCUGUUGCUGUGAUCGCUCGCCUUCGAGUCGUCCGCUUUCCCAGCUGGUCCGGUGUCGCCCGAUGGAUCGGCCUUUGGGCGGCUCAGUGCUCGCUGACGAGACGUUUGCACGUCUUCAUCAAGGAGCUGCGGUUAGGCUGUCGUUAGGCUGUCGUUAGACUGCAGAUGCGUGGCCCUCACAUCAUUCAUGCAUAGGGUCGGCUGGGUGGGGCCCGGACAAGGGCAUAAUGGUAUUGCAAAUGUAAUCGUGCAUACAGUGAGCUCGUCAGAACGUAUGGCUGCAAAAGCAACCAGCUGAGGGGGGA